CUUGCCUCGUUGAAUCUCAAUGAGAUUACAUGCAGCCAAGCAAUCUUCUAUUUCGGUGUCCUAGCCGUCCAGUCACUGCUCCUCCCCAGGUUCCAGUACAACAAGGACCAUGGUGGUAAGAAAUGGGCAUGCACUUUGACGAUGUACGGACGUACGAUUGUACGAUCCUUCCUUUUCGAAACCCAAAUGGAGGCUAGGACAGAGGUAUGUUGGGAAGCUCUGAAAGGACUGCAACCUCAGUUUCCAGGUUGGCUUGUCCCGAGUGAGCCUGAAGGGGUUUUCAACAGCCCUGGCUGGAACUGGGUUGAUCUUUUGCAGGACUACUGCGUCCAGAACAGUCUGCGCAAGCCGCAGUACACACAGUAUGUCCACGAGGGCAACUAUCGCCACGAGGUUGAGGUUGAGGGUGGUUCGUUUUUCGGGUUGCAGAAACAUUAUUCUGAUGCUUUGAGUUCGAAAAAUGCUGCAGCGCAUAUGGGUUUGCAUGCAUUGCUCGUAUACGGGAACAGCGUCCUAUACAACUUUCCCGGGCCGUUCACUAUGAAAAUGUCUAGAGAAAGUCUGUUUGCACACGUCCCAAAGUUUCCAUCCAGGGCACGCGGCGCCAGUUCUAGUCCCGAGUCUCCAAACCGGCGCGUCAAAAGAGGGGGUAUAGACAAGAAGCAAAGGUUCAGGAGCCACCAAAAUAAGUUGUCGCCUCGAAAAAACGCAAACUUGCUACCUCUCGCUGAGAGCAAGCUUCCUGAUUUUGAGAUCCGCCUUGAGGAGGAGAAGCGACGGUGGAAUAUCACUCCUAGUGAACUUCAGAAUCGACUUAAAGACUUGCCCACUCAGGAUGCACGACUCAAAAAAGCCUGCCAACUCUUGUCACUGCGCUCCCCAGAAAUCCGCAUCACACGUCUUGAUGGUAACUUAGUCGAAACCGAAGGUGAAUAUAGGACAUCCGCUCAUUUUAAAGGCGACCCCUUCCUCACUCGUGCCGGCGCCAUUGGCUCCACUAAGGGUUGGAGAGCGAGCAAAAUGGCAGCUAAGGAGCUUUGUGCGGCUGAAGUGGUAAGAUACCUGAUCAAGAUGGUCAACGAGGAUACCGAAUUGGAAGAAGAGGAAGCUGCAAAACGCGAACAGCCCGAGCACUGGAAGGAGAAUACCCUCAGGAUGUAUGCGAGCCAGGGGUUUGUGGGAUGUUGA